AUCGAGUGUUUGCCCGCGUGAGCACACCCUUCAAUAAAACUCGCCCUUCCCCAAUACGUGGUUGCAAGCAACAUGUCCCGUGGCGGACCUCAUCACAACCCGUCAAAUGUGGUCUUUGGUGCAGUAUCGGCGCAUAGCGAGACAAGUCAACGAGGAAAUCCAAACCCGCGACAAACCAGCGCGACGGCAGCCGGAUCCCGAUUCGCCACACCACGAAGCCGACAACGACCGGCAGCCGGGCCGUGACCAUGGCCAGAUCCGCGUCCGCACCUCCGGCGACGACGACCCCCUAGACCCGCGCAACUGGCCUCUGGUCGACCGGUGCAAGAACAUCGCCGUGCUGUGCCUCCUGAUCUUCGCCCAGGCGUGGGCUGGCGCCGCGUCGUCCAUGGGCAGCGCCGCGGCCAGCCGGGAGUUCGGCGUCAGCCAGGUCGUCGAGAGCCUGACCACGGCCGUGUACCUUCUGGGGAUCGGGUCCGGCGCGCUGUUCGCGGGGCCCGUGUCCGAGACGGUCGGCCGGAACCCAACGUACCUCGUCUCGACGUUCUGCUACCUGCUUUUUGUCACGGGCACGGCGCUGACGCCGGGAUUCGGGGGUCUGGUCGUCUGCCGGUAUUUCGUCGGGCUGUUCUCCAGCGCGACGCUGAGCAUCAAUGGGUCGAGUGUGGGGGACCAGUUCCGGCCGGUGAAGAGGGCGUUCGUUUUCCCCGCCAUUGCAUGGGCGAACGUGGCAGCCCCCGUGAUUGCGCCCAUCGCCGGCGGCUGGAUCGUCGAGAACCAACGGCUCGGAUGGCGCUGGACCGAGUGGGUGACCCUGAUCAUAUCCGGGGCUGCCUUUCUCGUCGCCUUCUUCUUCCUUCCCGAGACGUACCUGCCGCUCCUCCUCGACUGGAGGGCCAGGCACCUACGCCGAGCUACUGGCGAUGAUCGCUACGUGUCGGACCACGCCGAGGCUGCGUCAUUCUCGGAGAGGAUGAAGAAGGUCCUCCCACUCCCGGCCAAGUUCUUCGCAAAAGAGCCCGUUAUAUCGAUACUCGGCGGCUACCUUGUCCUGCUCUAUGUGCUUCUGUUCACCUUCCUCUCGGGAUUCGAUUACAUCUUCAAACAAACCUACGGUCUGUCGGUUGGCCAAACGGGAUCAUGUUUCGCGGCGAUUGCAGCUGGAGCAACGGCCUUCACAUUACUAGCCCCGGGGAUGUACGCUUGGGCACGGCGGAAGACGGAACACGUCAGAGGAGCUCCGAUCAAGCCCGAGUUCAGGCUAUGGCCCGCCAUCGUGGCCGCACCGCUGCUCCCGAUAUCGUUAUUUUGGCUAGGCUGGGGCAACCGCAGCAGUGUUUCUAUCUGGUCGAGUCUCGGGGCUUGUUUUGUGUUUGGGGUGGCGCUGAUCGCCAUAUACGUCAGCAGCUAUGAGUACAUCAUCGACAGCUACGGGGACCAUGCGGCAAUCGCGCUGGCGAGCAUUACAAUGGUGCGAUACUUGAUCGCGGGGGGGAUGGUCAUGGCCGCGCGGCCAUUAUACAGUGGCAUCGGCGUCCAGUGGACGAUGACUUUUCUGGGAUCCAUCGCCGUUGUUCUAGCCCCGGCGCCUCUCGUGUUCUGGUGGGUUGGUUCAAAGUUAAGGACGAAGAGCCCAUACGCCUUGAGCCCCGAUACUUAGGUAACUUGGGGGGAUAAUUCGUGUUCCAUAUCACGGUUGGGCUGGGAGCAAGGCAAUAUGCUGGGUGCAAACGGCUGGGUAUCAUUUUCUCUUGAACCUCCAUAGGGUCGCCAGGCACAUCAUUUCUGCCGGAUAUUCUUCGGUUUUCGUUUCUUGAAAACCACUGUAGGCUCUGCUCCCGCAGGUUCAAGGUCGUUGCUCUUCGAAUCAGGAGCCGC